AUUUGGGUCGCGAGAUUUUGGGCAGAACGCGAGAUUUUCUAUGUGACCAAGGGAACCGUGUUUUGUUGCUGGCAGGCAUGACUUUCUAAACCGCUGUCUUGCUAGCACAGGAGCAUCUUUGCAAUUCGCAUGGAGCUUCCAGAACCGAUCAGAAGACGUUUAGGACACUUUUCCAGAACUGUGUUUGUUGAUCAGAGUCGUACUCAACCAUCUCCCGAAGAUCAUGUCGCGUUUUUGGGGCACAACAGUGAGGUUGUCUCCAGCCUGCCUCUCCAGAUGUCACUGUUCUUCAACAUGUGUUUUUUCCCACUGUGGUGGAUCAGCGAGGUGGUGAUGCUGCACCUCAAGUAUCCAGCCCUUCCUGACUACUAUAAGUUCAUCCUCAUCACCAUCCUCAUCCUGAUGACUCUUGUAGAGGCUAUCAGACUCUACCUAGGCUAUGCAGGAAAUUUGCAAGAGAAGGUCCCUGAGCUGGCUGGUUUCUGGCUCCUGAGUCUCCUGCUGCAGUUUCCUUUGAUUCUGUUUCAGCUCUUCAACCAAGCCAUUCUGAUCCAACCUCUGGAGAGAGGGGUUCACUUCAUUCUGGCCCUGUUCAUACUCACACAGGCCCUCUCUGGCUUUGUGGCUCUACGUGGGAUGGUCAGACACACAGAGAGCCACUUCCACCUCAGACAGUUUGAUGGGGUUCAGGAGCUGAGGGCCUGACUGCUCUGCUGAGCUGACAUGCAGAGACAGAGAUCAAAAGGUGUUUUAUUGCGAGGAGGGGCAGACCCUGACAGUCUGGCGACCAUCCUCUUCUCCAGAUCUGCUUUGGCCCCUCUCCCAUUGGAGUGGAACCUGGAGGUCUUGGCCAGGCUGAGUUUCUAUUUGCUAAUACAAAGAACAAUGCAAAAAAAGGGGUGGCAUACACUUUUAGUACCUGUGGUUGUUGUUCAGACUCGCUGCUGCAUCUCCACCAGACACACGCCUGCCUGCUCCCCCCCCCAGCGGCUCUCUUUGAGGGGCCCUGCCUCUAAUCUAAGCCGCUGUCUGGUCCCCCCAUGGACAGUCAUUGCUACAGAGAAGAGAGGGAGGAAAAAGGGGUUAUAACUGGGGCAGGACAACAGCGGGAGAUAUGUAUCUGGACUCAUUCCCAGAUAUAGAAAAAAAAUAAAAACAUACACAUCUGUUGUAUAUGUACUGUGAUAUAUUGUGUAUACCAACAUAUACUCUGUACAGCAUAAAAAGACACACUAGAAAGUCCAUAUGGCUGUUGUGGAGAGGACAGUAACUUAUGUGCCUCAGUCCUAUGUGUUCACUCAUAAAUGCAGUCAACUGGAUAUUUUACUGCUAUGUUUUUCUGUAGUUACCCAUGUCUGUGGAGGCUGCCUGCUUGACCUGAAAGAUGAGUGAUAAGACUGUAUUAAUACUAAUUCAACAUCUCUGAUUUUGCAACAUUUGGAACGUUUGAUUUACCAUCUGUUAAACUGGGGUGGAAAAGAAAGCCCCCGACUUUACUCCU